ACCACAUCGACAGUCCCGGGGGAAAGAGAGGAGGGACAGGGAGAGGGCAGGAAAGAGAGGAGGGACAGGGAUCCACCAGCUCUCCCUCAGCAUCUCCCACCAGGAAAGCCCAGGAGAGGAAGGAGCUGCGGCUCAGGACACCUUUGGGAGGAUCCCUUAGCACAACAUAUGUUACAUCAACACACCCGGCUGCUUUCCCCUUGCAGGAAAGAGGAGAAGGAGGAAGAGGAGAGAGCUGCGGAGUGCUCCAGGGAUUUUCCAUGUAACCCAGGGCGGACGAUGCCCCCGGGAGCUGCUGCCGUGCGCGGCAGGUGAGCAUCACCUGGGGGCAGCCCCGCUCCGCCGGGACUACGGGUAAAACCAGGGUUUUGUCCCUGAAAGGAGAAGGGGAGUGUUUAAAUUCUCCGAGAUCCCCCUGCUCUGAUGCCGUUCUGGAUGUCCCGGUGAGAACUCUUAGAGAUGCCUAUUCUCUCCAGAGGCAGUGACCAAGACUAUAGCAACAUUAGCUACAACUCCUGCAAUUCCUUGAGCCACUUCCUUCCCAUCUGCGUGGAAACCCCUUCUGUCAAGGGGGUCCAUUACCAGAGAGCCAGGAGGAUUUACCGCCCUGACCAAGUGUCUGCAGUCGAUCUGAAGACAGAGAUCAUGAUCAACGUUGGGGGCAUCAAGUACCUGCUGCCUUGGAGUACUUUGGACGAGUUUCCCCUGACCAGACUGAGCAAACUAAAGCUUUGCAGCAGCUAUGAAGAAAUCAUCCAGCUGUGUGACGAUUACGAUGAGGACACCCACGAGUUCUUCUUCGACAGGAACCCCAACGCUUUCGGGAUGAUUGUCAGCUUCCUAGCAGCAGGGAAGCUGAUGCUCUUGAGAGACAUGUGUGCCUUGUCUUUCCAGGAGGAGCUGAGGUACUGGGGCAUUGAGGAAUCCAACCUGGAGAACUGCUGCUUUCGGAAACUCUUCCAGAAGCUGCAGGAGCUGGCCGAGAUCCGCAAAGAAGAGGAGCUCCGGAGGAGCAAGGAAGCUUCGUGUGUCUUGGAUGAGAAAACCAGAUUUGGGCAGUUCAUGAACAGACUCAGAGAUAUGGUGGAAAACCCCCAGUCAGGACUGCCAGGCAAAGUCUUUGCUUGUCUCUCCAUCCUCUUUGUGGCCACCACGGCUGUCAGCCUUUGUGUGAGCACAAUGCCAGAUUUAAGAGCUGAAGAAGACAGGGGUGAGUGUUCCCAGAAGUGCUAUUACAUCUUCGUCAUUGAGACCAUCUGCGUGGCUUGGUUCUCCCUGGAGUUCUGCCUCCGCUUCAUCCAGGCCAGGAGCAAGUGUCAGUUCUUCAAAGGACCCCUGAACAUCAUUGACUUCUUGGCCAUUUCCCCUUACUACGCCUCCCUCAUCUUCUCCGAGGACGACUCCAGCGAGGAGGAGGACAGGCCGAGCAGCAACACGUACCUGGAGAAGGUGGGCUUGGUGCUACGGGUUUUACGUGCCUUGAGGAUCCUGUACGUCAUGCGCCUUGCCCGCCACUCCCUGGGCCUGCAGACCCUGGGCCUCACCGUGCGCAAGUGCACGCGGGAAUUCGGGCUGCUGCUGCUCUUCCUGUGCGUGGCCGUCACCCUCUUCUCCCCGCUGGUGUACCUGGCCGAGAACGAGUCGGGCAGGGUGCUGGAAUUCACCAGCAUCCCCGCCUCAUAUUGGUGGGCCAUCAUCUCCAUGACCACGGUGGGCUACGGGGACAUGGUGCCGCGGAGCGUGCCGGGCCAGAUGGUGGCUCUGAGCAGCAUCCUCAGCGGGAUCCUCAUCAUGUCCUUCCCCGCAACCUCGAUAUUCCACACCUUCUCCCACUCCUACUCCGAGCUGCGCAAGGAGCACGAGCGGCUGCAGUCGCGGCUGAACCGAGCCAAGAGUGCAAACCGCUCUGGGGAGAGCGACACCUUCAACGAGACGGACAGCCUGAUCCUGGAGGGGCAGGCCUCCCCCAUCAAAUACAUCUACACUGGGAACUGA